GCCAGAGUGGGCGUCCCAGCCAGUGACCCCAGGCCGCCCGCCCGCGCCCAACCCAGCCCCAGCCGAGUGUCCGAACCAAAAGCGAAAGGAACCCGACCCCCGCGUCCUCUCUGGCGGCUCCGGCGUCGCGUCCGCUGGGAGGUCGCCGCGCGCCUCCGACCCUGCCGGGCAGCUUUGUGACUUCACUCGUUUCGCAACAAGCCCGGGCCGCCCGCGCCCCACCCACUCUGGCCCGGCAGCCUCGCCGCCCGCCACCUCGCUCCGCUUCUCGCGCUUCCCCUCCCUCCGGGGCUGGGCCUGCCCCGGCCGUCGCGGAGCCUCCCCUCCCACCGUCCGUGACCGUCCGCGCCCGGCCGCCGCCUCCAGGCAGCCCGGAGCAACCCGGCGCCUGGCCUGGCUGGGCGCAGCACUCUGUUGGCGGCGGCGGCGCGAUGCUGUGCUUCCUGAGGGGAAUGGCUUUCGUCCCCUUCCUCUUGGUGACCUGGUCGUCAGCCGCCUUCAUCAUCUCCUACGUGGUCGCCGUGCUCUCCGGGCACGUCAACCCCUUCCUCCCCUACAUCAGUGACACAGGAACAACACCUCCAGAGAGUGGUAUCUUUGGAUUUAUGAUAAACUUCUCUGCAUUUCUUGGUGCAGCCACGAUGUAUACAAGAUAUAAAAUAGUAGAGAAGCAAAAUCAAACCUGCUAUUUCAGCACUCCUGUUUUUAACUUGGUGUCUUUAGUCCUUGGAUUGGUGGGAUGUUUCGGAAUGGGCAUUGUCGCCAAUUUUCAGGAGUUAGCUGUGCCAGUGGUUCAUGAUGGGGGCGCCCUUUUGGCCUUUGUCUGUGGUGUCGUGUACACGCUCCUACAGUCCAUCAUCUCUUACAAAUCGUGUCCCCAGUGGAACAGUCUCUCGACAUGCCACAUACGGAUGGCCAUCUCUGCCGUUUCUUGCGCAGCUGUCGUCCCCAUGAUUGUCUGUGCUUCACUAAUUUCCAUAACCAAGCUGGAGUGGAAUCCAAGAGAAAAGGAUUAUGUAUAUCACGUAGUGAGUGCGAUCUGUGAAUGGACAGUGGCCUUUGGUUUUAUUUUCUACUUCCUAACUUUCAUCCAAGAUUUCCAGAGUGUCACCCUAAGGAUAUCCACAGAAAUCAAUGGUGAUCUUUGAAGAAAGAAGAAUUUGAUCUCACUCAGUGAAUGUUGCAGGACAUUUCUAGAAGUGCUACAGAGGACAGACAGGGUUUUGAGGCCGCCCUGAUUAUUGGGAUGCAUCUGCAGCACAUCCAGGACUUGAAUUUCGUUAAGAGUUCCUAAUAGUUGUACUAUUUCUAAAGAUGUGUUUCCUAGAGAAUGUACAGCCUUACGACACUGUAGUGAUGUUUUUAUAAUUUUCUAAGUAGAUUUUUUUAUAUUAACAAAUUCAUAUACAGAAAAAAUAAGGUGUUACAAAAAAAUGGAGAGCUCUUAUUUUUGUACAGAUUCUGUCGUUUUUUUUAAUUUGUGUGCGAUUUAUGGAAAUACAUUAAAUGAGUAA